UUUCAGAGUAAUCUCCCCCUGUUGCAACACACAAACCAUUGAGAGUAAUGGCAGAGAGGAAUUCGUCUGCUGUCGGAGGUGUUGACAAGAUUGCCCACCCCCGGGUGCGGGGUGUGGACAUCCUGAGAGACCCUCUUCUGAACAAGGAAAUGGGUUUUACACUGAGGGAAAGACAGAUCUUGGGUAUUCAUGGUUUGAUUCCCCCGGCUAUGAGAACGCAAGAGGAACAGUCCCACAAUGUUCUACUGAACUUCAACCGCUGGAGCAAUGACCUGGACAAAUAUAUCUAUCUUAUGGGUCUCCAGGACAGGAACGAGAAACUGUUCUACAGGGUGGUCACUGACAAUGUUGAGAAAAUGAUGCCGAUUAUUUACACACCCACUGUCGGGCAGGCUUGUUUGAAAUACGGUCUCAUCUUUCGAAAACCCAGAGGCUUGUACAUCACGAUAUAUGACAAGGGACAUAUAUUUGAUAUUCUAUGUAACUGGCCCAUAGAUGAUGUGAAGGCUAUAGUAGUGACAGAUGGAGAAAGAAUUCUGGGAUUAGGAGACCUUGGUUGUUAUGGAAUGGGGAUCCCAGUGGGGAAAUUGUCCCUGUACACAGCACUGGCUGGGAUACAGCCCCAUCAGUGCCUCCCCAUACUGCUAGAUGUGGGGACAAAUAACAAGACUUUACUAGAUGAUCCAUUAUACACCGGGCUUAGACAAACUCGUGUUCAAGGGAAAGAGUACGAUGACUUCCUAGAUGAAUUUAUGCAGGCAUGUGUUCAAAGGUAUACAAGAGAGGUACUUGUCCAGUUUGAAGAUUUUGGAAAUCACAAUGCAUUCCGCUUCUUAGAAAAGUACAGAAACGACUAUUGCACUUUUAAUGAUGAUAUUCAAGGUACUGCUGCUGUGGCGGUGGCAGGAAUUCUAGCCAGUCUCAAGAUCACAAAGAAGCCAUUAAAAGACAAUGUGUUUGUCUUCCAGGGAGCUGGAGAGGCCUCCAUUGGUAUAGCCUCUUUAUUGGUCAUGGCUAUGGUAGAAACAGGUAUUUCAGAAGCAGAGGCCAUCAAAAGGGUGUGGAUGGUGGAUUCAAGGGGACUUAUUGUCAAGAACCGGCCAUCAGGGGGAGUAACUGGCCCUAAAAUCAGAUUUGCACAGGACCAUGCUCCCAUAGAUAAGCUGGUGGAUGUCAUUAAAAAAGUCAAGCCAACAGCUAUUAUAGGUGCUGCAGCUGUAGCUGGUGCUUUUACAGAGGAAAUUCUGACUGCCAUGGCCAACAAUAAUGAGAGACCUAUUGUGUUUGCCUUGAGUAAUCCCACCAGUAAGGCAGAAUGCACAGCAGAACAGGCUUAUAAAGCCACCCAGGGUAGAUGUGUGUUUGCCAGUGGUAGUCCUUUCCCUGCUGUGACAUACAAUGGCAAAACUUUUCAUCCUGGUCAAGGCAACAAUGCUUACAUAUUCCCUGGCAUUGCUCUAGCUACUAUUCUGUGUGAUAUUAGGUCCAUUACAGAGGAAGUUUUCUUAGAAUCAGCAAAGUUGCUGGCUGACAUGGUAGAUGACAAAAGUUUAGCCAUGGGGCUGGUGUACCCUCCCCUGUCCCGUAUCCUCCAAGUCUCCACGGAUAUUGCCAUUGGACUGAUUAACUUUGCCUACAAACACAAGCUGGCCUACCACUACCCAGAGCCUGAGGACAAGAAAAAGUUUGUACAAUCCUACCAGUAUGACAUGUCCUACAAAAGCUUUGAACCUGCAACCUAUGACUGGCCAGACGGUCUGAAUUCCACAGAGUGUAAAAUUUAAACACGCAUUUUUUUUUUUUUGUUAAAAAUUGUUUAUUAAAUGGUGUUUGGAUGCUGUGAAAUGAAAGGUUGCUUUGUUGUAACAAUAUUGUGAAAGCUGUAUUUUGAUCAGAAUUAAGUGACUUUUUAUAGAUAGGACACUAAAAAUAGUGGUGUGUAAUAUGUAGAGGAUAUUCAAUGUUUUGAAGUUUGAUAUAAAAUUUAUUUUAAGAGUGGGACAGAAUUUCAUUUGCAAGUGCAAAGCACAAGUGAUAAUAUAAAAAAAAAAUCAUGUCUCUUAAGUGAAAUAAACUCCAUAUCCAACUACAAAGCAUUGAGAUUUGUGUUUAUUACAUUCAUUUUCUUUGUUUUUUUUCCCUUUUUGUCACUAUCCCCUGUAGAAAGUUGUCAUUUCCUUAUGUAGUACGUGGCUUAGGCUGUGAUGUCAUAGCUUGAUAUGACUUAGCUAGCUUUAGCAAUUGUGAGAUUUGAAAAUGAAACUUCAUGCAGUUGUAAACAUGGAUUUUAGCAAAAAUUUGAGAAACUUUGGUGGUUUUAGUCUGUGCCAAGAUGAUUUACUCACUCUUUCUAUAUAUACAUGUAGAGAGUAUUUUUUAAAACUGACUCUUCUUGAAGGGAAGGAGAGUUUUGCUGCAGAUUUUUUAUUUUCACUGUGAAAAUUACAUUUUUUUUAACCGUGAAAAUAACGUCUGUGAAAAUAUCAGUUUUAUUAGUGGAUAAAUUACAGUACUUCACUGUUGAAAAUGUUAUAAAAAAAUAUCCCAGUAUUUUAUAUUAUUUCUUGAUGUCAAUUAAGCUGGAAAAUCCCUUUUAAAUAAAAUAUUCUAAGCAUUUGUUAAGUAAAACAUAUGAAUGAUAUUAAUGAUAACUAACCUAAUUAAAUGACA